AAAAAAGCCUUUCAUUCGUGUCAAUGCAAAACCUGAUGAUAACUCGAAAUGGACACCCGUUUACUUUUUUUCUGCAAAUUUUACCAAAAAUAUGUCUCUCAUUGGCAUUAAAGUAAAGUGAAGUUUGUAAAAUGUCUGAGCUGAUUCUGCAUCCAGGACGCCAGGAGAGACUCUGCACGAGCCGCUGAAACCUUCGAGGGACGCCGGGUAGUCACGGCGGUUCUCCAGGACUCUCAUCAACAUAUAAUGCCAGACCUGCAGUCCCGGCAAGGACAAGUCUACAAGAUCUACACCGGAGGACGACACUCGCUGCUCUUACAAAAUUGGUUGUCCGGUCUUUAUAAAAUUGAGGAAAACAGAAGAUCAAGAUUGUUUCAAUGAAUUUAAGCCACGAGAAGCAUUUAUCCUUGAAAGAUUUUUACGAGUUGUUGUCAGAGAAAAGGAGAUUAUCUAAUAAACAAGAAGAAUUUGUUAAAAAAUGGAUACAGUUAGGAGGCAAUCUGAAACUUAUACAAAUUCGAAUUCUGAAAACUUUGGAAGAGAAAGUUGCUCUGAAGGAUUUGCAAAAUUUAAGGAGAAAACUAAAAGAAACAAAUGAAAAUGAGAUAACUGUUGCUGUAGAAUGACUUUUAAAGCAAUACGAUUUUAGCGAUGUAGUCUCUAUCAAAGAGAGAAUUGUCGGGGCCAGUGCAAAGAUAUAAACAAUCAUUGUAUUCUUAUAAAAGAACACAAUCAUCCUCAGCAAAGCAAUUUGGAAUUAAUCUCGAACUUUCGUCAACAAUUACAUCAAGCUUGUGUUAGAAGACUAACCAACAUCCGAAAUAUUUACAAUGAAAUCGCCAGUCUGAAUCGAGAAGCAUCAGCAUUAGUACCAUUCCAUAAAAUUCAAUCGUCUAUGACUCGAUGGCGACAAGAGAGAAUUCUAGCUCAACCACCAUCAUUACUCACAUUUCGCGCCAUUGUGCAAAGACAGCGUUACAGUAAAUUAUUUAUGCAUAAUAGAGGGAACAUUAUGGUAGAAUUUUUAAGCUCGUUUCGAUCAUAUCAACAUAUAAUUGCUGUUGUUUUCACUGAUGCUGGCGUACUCCACAAACUACGCAAUAUCAGGACUAAUCUCUAUGUGGACAUGACUCAAAAAUUGAUUCCUACGAAUAUGGAUCUUUCCAAACUUGUUGCAUGGACUAUUUCAUUCAGAAAUCACAGCUUCCAAAUAGGUUGGAAUCUAAUUAAAAAAACCCAUAAUGUAUCAUGCCAAGAAAUUACUACAAAUAUUUCAGAAAAUUUUUUCACAAAUAAUAUAACCAUUGAUCGAGUAUUUUAUAAUUUCGAUAAAAAAUUGUACAAUGAAUUGUCUACAAAUUUUCCCAAGGCUCAAAUUCGAGGACUAUUUAUUUCUUAUUGUAUGAUAUUACUGGAUUAUGCCGACAAUAUUCAAGGAAUAAAUGUAACAAAUCCUCAUCAUUUAAUUAUAUUGAAAAAGUUCAUAGACUUGAGCUUAUUACCUGCAAAUCAGAUAAAUCGUGUAUUUAUCGAUUUGUACAGUUCUAUACCUGAGGUCAUACUGAAUAAUGGAUUUCUAGAUUUCGUGAAAUACUAUUAUUCCAAUUGGAUCAGUUCCGUUGGAGUGAACAACAUUUCUUUUUAUCAAGAGAUUGAGGCUUUCUCGGACAUCGCCCAUAAACAUUGGAAGAAAAUAACUGCGAAUUGUAAUGAAUCAUCUGAUAUUUGGAAGUUCUGUGGAAUGAUUGUUAAAUGGAUGCAAUCAACUCAUCGAGAUCUUGAUCGUACAGAAAGAGGAGAAAACAGAUAUAUAUCUGCACCAUCUUUAACCUGUUGUCCUAAAUCAACUGAUUUAAGAGAAUUAUGGAGAAGACUUGAUAACAAUUUAAUAGAUACAAACACAUUUUUAGCAGUUGCAUCAAAUUUGAUCGAUCCAAUUGUACAAGAUAUAUUAUUCAAUGGGUUAACACUUUAUUCAGACUUCUCUUUAGUAAAAUUAGUAGAUUUAAAUGAAAAUCUUCCAGAGAUAUCUUAUAAUGAAAAUAAUGUGUUUAACGAAAUAUUAUUAGAAAAUCUCCCAAGACAAAAUGAGAUCAGACAUGGCUUAAACGCUUCAUCAUUGACUACACUACUAUUUCUUGCUCAAUACUGUCAUUCUUCUUACUCCUUCAAUACUUUGACAUUGCUUUUUCUUCUAAAUCCUGAAAAUCAAGAAAACAACGAAUGCGUUGCAUGCUCAUCGAACAGAAUUGAAUACAUAAUGCAACCUUGUGGACAUAAAGUUUAUUGUUGGAAUUGCCUGGAGAUACUGGAGGCUAAUGAAAAAGUGGAAAAAACUUCAGUUAUUACCUCUCAUCCAGCGAUGGAAAAUAGGACGGAUAUUAUCAAAAAAAUUCUUUGCGUUGGCAUUAUUACCAGCUGAUAAGAUUGAAGAAACUUUUCAGUGGUUAAUUAAUAACAUACCAGAAUCUAUAAAAAAACUUUUUGAAAAAUUUAUCAAAUAUUAUGAACGACAGUGGAUAAAUAGAAUACAGCCUGAUCGAUUCAGUGUAUAUGGUAUCGAUAUAAGAACAAACAAUUAUGCAGAAUCAUAUAAUAGGAUUCUUCAACAGAACCUUGGAGAGCAUCCAUCGAUAUGGACCUUUACAGAACAUAUGAAAGAUCAUUCGCAAACGAUAUUGUUGGAAUAUCAGACUUUAAUAAUAGGUAAUGAUGUUAAACGAGCAAGGAGAGAUGAGAACAUAAUUUUUAAUAAUCAAUUAAGAAAAUUAUGGAACUUAUAUGAAAAACAGAUAAUAAAUUCGAUACAAUUUGUGGCUUAUGCAAGUCAUGAAUUGAAAUCAUUCUCCAAAAAACAAAUCGGUGAUGGACUUACAAACGUGCAAAUAAUAUCACAGAAUAACGCUCAAAGUUUAAAUGAUUUCUCUAAUUUGGAGGUGUUCCAGGAAUUAAAUAUCGAAAAUACUAUUUUUAUUGUUGAUUAAAAAUAAUAAGGAUCAGAAAACAGGAGAUACUGGAGGCUUUGGCAGAACUAGAUGAGCAAGCAUUAGUGUGUCCUAUCUGUAGAGCUG